GAAGGAGCGAGGAGGCGGGGGCAGGGCUUAAAGGCUGUAGGGAGAAAGACUUGUUUGGCUACAUGAAAAACUAUUAAAUAACUUUGUUGAGUCACUUGGCUCGACUGGACCCCGAGUUCAAAAAGGGUCCUGGUCUGGAAGGAGGCCAGUGGCGCGCCGGUGUUCAUCCAAAGUGCGCACCGUGAUGGAUUAGUGCGCACGGGGACUGUUCCCAAACAGAUGUCCAUGAGGUGACAGCAGCUCGUAACCACAGCACAACAAACCAUGGCGAGCGGGAACGAGACAGUUGUUUACUUCUCCGAGCAGGUGGUCGUGCUGUGCUCGUGCGCGCUCUCCUUCCUGGGCUCGUCGCUGAUCAUCCUCACCUACGUCCUGUGGGCAGAUUUACGCACCACCCCCCGCAGGCUGCUGGUCUUCCUCUCCGUGUCGGACUGGCUCUCCGCCGUCUCCUACGCCGUCGGAGUGUGGAGCGUUUUCCGCAGCGACUCGCUGGAGUGCGUCGUGCAAGGAGCCGUGUCCACCUUCGCCAACACCAGCUCCUUCUUCUGGACCGUGGCCAUCGCCGUCUACCUGUACGUGUUCAUCGUCCGGUCCAGUCAGAGGGUCGCGGACAGCCUGGUGCUCAUCUUCCACCUGGUCAGCUGGGGCGUUCCUCUGAUCAUCACCGUUGCAGCCGUGAGCCUGAGCAAGAUAGGCUAUGACGCGUCCGAGGUGUCGGUGGGCUGGUGCUGGGUCAGCAUCCACGCCCCGGACCGGGUCCUCUGGAUGCUGCUGACCGGAAAGAUCUGGGAGUUCCUGGCCUACCUCACCCUCCCUGUGCUCUACAUCCUGAUCAAGAGGCACAUCCACAUGGCGCACACUGCCCUGUCAGAGUACCGUCCCAUACUGGCCACCAGGGUUCCAUCCUUCUCCUCCAUGGCUGACACGAAGCUGACGCUCAUCCCUGUCAUCUUCAUCGUGCUGCGGAUUUGGAGCACCGUGCGCUUCAUACUGCUGCUGGCGGACUCUCCAGUCAGGCAGCACCCAGUGCUGGUCACUCUUCAUGGUAUCGGCAACACGUCGCAGGGAGCAGCCAACUGCAUCAUGUUCGUGUUGUUUACUCGACCAAUCCGCACACGCCUGUGCUCUGCGCUCUGCUGCUGCUCCUCCUCCAGGUGUCGAGCGGGGUCCAAGCGCUCCCAGGAGCCCUCUCACACGCUGCUGCCGGACCAGGAGGCCUCCACACAGAGAAGGGAGGACGACACCAGCAAAGCCGGGAGUCAAAGAUGAUACUUGAUUCUGUGGAGGAGAGGACGGACACAGUUUGACACAAAGGAAGUGACGGGUGGCCUCGUCCUCGCUUCACACUGAAACUCAUUAGAAGCAGGAGCCUGCAGGGCGGGUGGGGGAUUCUGCAGGUGCACGCACACGUGUGUCACAUGGCUGCACUCUGGGUGAUUAGGCUGAGGCUGAUGUGAUGACUCUGCACCUGCACCAGCAUUUUUGUGUUCAUCAUCCAGAUGCUUUAUGUACUGUUGUUUCACAGCUUUUAUUUGUUUAUUUUAUUUCUUUUUGCAUAUUUUGAAAAAUGGUUCACAUCUUGCACACAUCACUGAGGAUUCAGCUAUUGUGUUUAUGGAGGAAAUUACAUUUUGGAGGUAAUGAAAGACUUUAAACCAAAGCAUUAUCAGUAAAUGUGAUUAAAAUACUGUAAAUAUGUUUAAGAUUUGUAUUGUCACUGAUUGAAUUUGUAUGUUAUGUGCGCUCAGUCAUGAGUAGUUCUAAAUGCACUGCUUCUGGAGCUUCAAAGGUCUUGCGACAACGCAACAUGAAACACUCAUCUUUUCUACAAAGAUAUUAAAAAUAUGAUGUUAAAGUUUGAUGGAUAAUCACUUUUGCUACUUUUUUGUAACUUUAUUUUUCGAAUAAGUUUUCCAAUAUAUAUCUAACUUGACUUUGGGUGUGAUCAAAAGUACUUUUAUGUGUGAAACACGCUUACAUCUGACAAUCAAGAAAUAUAUGGGUAUGAUAUGAGCACCCUUUUCGGUCAAUUGUAUCAAAUAUAUAAACCAGAGUUGCAUUAUAUUAUAUGAAACUCCUUUCUCUUAGAUUCUAAUUUCAGGUAAUCAUUUUCUUGAUAUCUUAUUUUUAUUUUAUUUUUUUUCUCCAUUUUUUAUAUAUAUAUAUAUUCUUGCUUAACCAGGUAGUUGCAAAAUUUUUCAGGCAACGUCACUGCUGUCAUCGUGACUCUGAUGUCUGAACUAUCAUCACAUGUCAUCCUUCCUCAUCGAAACCCGAGGCUUUCUCAUGAGCCUCACUUCUCCUUUGACCCCUGCGGUCACCAGCUCCAGUUUGCCAGACUUAGCUACAGGCUGAAUGCAUACCAGCGAGGAGCGCGUGAACUCCCUGAACCCCCGGGGGGCUCACAGGGCUGCUGUACAACACACAUCUUACACACAGGGCCACUGCCUAUAGCGCCUCCAGCUUGGUGGAAUGCUGUCUCUGUUGUUUACUGAGCUGUUUCUGAGAGAUUAAGCUGCAUUCAAAUAUGUUUCAUUAAAGUUUGUUGACAAAGCUGAGGAGGGAAAAAACGUCUCAGUGUUGACAGUCAAUUCUCUCCCCCUCAAGUGAACAUUGUUUGUUUGGCGCUCGGAGGGCAAAUGCUUCCUGUGUCACGUGUGUUGAGUCACGUCGCUAAGUCUUGAGUGAGGAGCUGGUGACAUCACAAGAAACUCAUGUUUUUGUUUUAAGGCCAAUCUCGAGCUGUGGUUCGAGGAAAUAAAAAGGGGGCAAAUAAUGCAUCA